AAUAAGAGAAUCAAAGAUCCUAAGAAAACAUUAGAAACGGAUAUCAUAUUUGAAGAAAAAGAAGAUGAAAUUGAUGUCCUCGAAUUAAAUUUGUAUACUGAUAUAAAUGACGAUUUUUUUAAUGAGGCUAACCGGAUAGUGCAAAUUCUUAUGGAAUCACAAAGGCACUACGAGGCUUCUCGAAUUAAACGCUAUGCAGACAUCAUAUUUAACUUGCAUCGCCGAUAUGUAGAUGAAGUAAAUGAGAAUGAGAUUUUGCGUCCACAAAUUAUUUCAUCUGAAGGCAAAUUACGAUUAGCACUCGAGCUUUCAGCUACUUCUGAAGAGGCUAUGGAAAACUUUAAGGAAGCUCUCGGAGAUGCUUGGAGAGAAUCCGAUGUAUCAGCAUUUCGAGAGCAGUUAGUACAAGAAAAGCUUCAGGAAGUACUUAUCAAAUGUGAAGGAUUAGCAGACAGAAAUAUAGGCAAAACAGAUGAUGCCGCAGAGUAA